AUGUCUGCGCAGCAGACUCGUGGAUUAAGCAAUCAUGGACGCAGAUCAACACUGCCGCUGGAACAACGACAGGCCAUGAGGAGGGUCAAAAAACAGGAGUUCGAAAGACGUUGUCGAGAAUGUAUUUCAGAGAAGAUGACAGAGCUAAAUGACCUAGCGAUGUCAUUGGUUGGUGGCGACCCACGGAAUCACAGUCGGCUAGACAAGAACACUCUUCUCAACGACUGCGCAGGGGUACUUCAGAAUUUGUUGCAUGUGAUGCGUGAAAUGCCUGAAGUACAGGCCAGACUGAGAACAGCGCUUGGACAACAAUUAGGCACGAAAAUGGACCCUUCAGUCCACCAAGACAAGGAAAAUAUGCCUCCACCAACGCCCAUCUAA